CCUGAAUGCUUUUGGACAUUGUCUUCAAUAAAAGAGGCCCAGUGUGUGGAGGAACAGUAUAUUUUUUGGGGGACGAGGCCUAAUCAACAAAAAAAAUCACAGCACAGCCAUUGGUUAUACAGCAUUAAACACGUUUGGGAUUAACACUUGUGGGUUGGAAUAACCUUUCCCGGUAUUUACACCAUCCCAGCAACUAUCAUAGAAAUACAGUAUAACUUUGCUCUGUGCUUCCUCCCAGCAUGCACUUGGUAUUCUGUAGGCUAUGGAUCAUUUGAUUAACAUCACACUAAAUAGCCUAUAGUCCCACUUGAUAUUGUGCUUCCAGCAGAGAAUCAGAGAUGAGGGGAGGCAUCAUAAAUUGAAAAAACAUAACCCUAAUUUUCCUCUAGGCUGACUCAGAUUAAGUCUGAGGCCGGUAACAUCAACAGUGAGGACAAACCCAGCCUGCCUCUCUCCUUCCACACUGAGUACAAACCUACAGUCACUGGGUCCUGAUUGUGACAGUGGAGCCCAGUUUGCUCUGCAGGAUCCAGAGAUGGCAUCAGUGAAGCUGGAAGACUGCAGUCAAACACUGGAGCUGAAUGUCAACAUUAAAGAUGAAGAAGAGGAGGAGAAGAUUGGGACAACUGUUAGUCAUGGAGAUCAUGUUGAGACAUUCUCUACAUUCAGAGAGCAACAGCAGGAAGAUCACAGAGCCAAGAGGUCUCACCACUGCCCACAUUGUGAGGAGAUUUUCCCAAUUAUAUCAAAGCUAAAAUUACACCUGAAAAUACACACUGGAGAGAAUCUGUAUUCCUGUACUGACUGUGGGAAGAGAUUCACAACAUCAAGGGCUCUGACACUUCAUCAGAGAGUGCACACAGGAGAGAAGCCUUACUCCUGCUCGUACUGUGGGGAGAGUUACUCUCAACAGAGCAACUUCAAAAAACACCAACGUUUACACACAGGAGAGAAGCCUUACUCCUGCUCUGACUGUGGAAAAUGCUUCACAACGUCAUCUGAGCUAACAGUUCAUCAGAGAACACACACUGGAGAAAAGCCUUACAUCUGUUCUGACUGUGGGAAGAGUUUCUCCCACCUGUGUAACUUUAAAGCACACCAGCGUAUACAUUCAGGAGAGAAGCCAUACUCCUGCUCUGACUGUGGGAAGAGUUUCUCCCGAUUGUAUACCUUAAAAUCACAUGGACGUACCCAUACAGGAAAGAAGCCUUACUCCUGUUCUGACUGUAGGAAGAGUUUUUCUCACCAGGGUAGCUUUAAAGCACACCAACGUAUACAUACAGGAGAGAAGCCAUACUCCUGCUCUGACUGUGGGAAGAGUUUCUCUCAACAGAGCAACUUAAAAACACACCGACGUACACACACAGGAGAGAAGCCUUACUACUGCUCUGACUGUGGGAAGAGUUUCUCUCAAGAGAGCAACUUAAAAACUCACCAACGUAAACACAAAGGAGAGAAGCCUUACAUCUGCUCUGUCUGUGGAAAGAGUUUCUCUCUACAGAACCAAUUUAAAACACACCAAUGUAUACAUAAAGGAGAGAAGCCUCGUCAGUUUUCUCAGACCAGCUGAGAUAAAAAAUUUAGUGAUGGAGUGAUUUUUAUCUGAUUGCUUGACUUAGACUGAAAUAGGUGCCAACACUUAUUUUUGGUGCUGGUACUGUUUAUAUUUAGCUUCAGGAUCUCCACAAUACUUUUGAGCUAACAGGAACAGGAACUCAUGCAAUAGAACAUUUCAGGGCCUGGUACUCCGCUCUGUUAAGUUCCUGCCCAAGUCAAGCGCCGGAACUCACAACAUGUAUCAGAUAGAGAUGGUGUGAUGAUCAGUCACCAUUAGUUUGAGGGGGGGGGGUUGGUUUUUAUUAUAUAGUUACCUGUUUAAUGAUACACAGUCUCUGAAACGACAAUAUGUGUUUAUUAAACUGUCUUUUAAAACUAGGUUAGUUAUUAUAGUUAUUCAUCAUCAAUGGAUUUGGAUAAUUGCAUUCAGUGGCAUUACUAGUCCUGGGCUUUCGGGGCUUCAUCCCCGGAUGUUUUAGGCCCCACACUUUGGAUGGUAAAAACAUAUAUAUCCGUGUAUCCGUAAAGUAUUCAGACCCUUCCCCUUUUCCAUUUUUUUUUACAUCCUUAUUCUAAAGUUUGAUAGUGAAAUUUCUUGCAUAUGUAUUAAAAAUAAACAGAAACCUUCUUUACAUCAGUAUUCAGACCCUUUGCUAUGAGACUUGAACUUGAGCUGAGGUGCUUCCCUUUUCCGUUGAUCAUCAUUGAAAUGUUUCUACAACUUGAUUGGAGGCCACCUGUGGUAAAAUCAACUGAUUGGACAUGAUUUGGAAAGGCACACACCUGUCCAUAUAAGGUCCCACAGUUGACAGUGCAAGAGUCAGAGCAAAAACCAAACCAUGAGGUCAAAGGAAUUGUCUGUCAGUAGAUCCUGAAACAGGAUUAGGUUGAGGCAUGUAUCUGGGGAAGGGAACCAAAACCUUUCUGCAGCAUUGAAGGUAACCAAGAACACAGUGGCCUCCAUCAUUCUUCAAUGGAAGAAGUUUGGAACCACCAAGUUCGCCUGGCCAAACUGAGCAAUCGAUGGUCACUCUGUCAGAGCUCCAGAGUUCCUCUGUGGAGAUGGGAGAAUCUUCCAGAAGGACAACCAUCUCUGCAGCACUCCACCAUUCAGGCCUUUAUGGUAGAGUGGCCAGAUGGAAUUCACUCUUCAGUAAAAGGCACAUGACAGCCUGCUUGGAGUUUGCCAAAAGGCACCUAAAGGACUCUCAGACCAUGAGAAACAAUAUUCUCUGGUCUGAUGAAACCAAGAUUGAACUCUUUGGCCUGAAUGCCAAGCGUCAUGUCUGGAGCAAACCUGUCACCAUCCCUACGGUGAAGCAUGGUGGUGGUAGCAGCAUGCUGUGGGGAUGUUUUUCAGCAGCAGGGAUUGAGAGACUAGUCAGGAUUUAGGGAAAGGUGAACGGAGCAAAUUGCAGAGAGAUCCUUGAUGAAAACCUGCUCCAGAGCACUCAGGACCACAAUGACCCUAAGCACACAGCCAAGACAACGCAGGAAUGACUUCGCGACAAGUCUCUGAAUGUCCUUGAGUGGCCCAGCCACAGCCCGGACUUGAACCCGAUUGAACAUCUCUGGAGAGACCUGGAAAUAGAUGUGCAGCGACGCUCCCCAUCCAAAGUGACAGAGUUGGUGAGGAUCUGCAGAGAAGAAUAGGAGAAACUCCCCAAAUACAGGUUUGCCAAGCUUGCAGCAUUAUACCCAAGAAGACUUGAGUCUUUAAUCAAUGCCAAACGUGCUUCAACAAAGUACUAAGUAAAGGGUCUGAAUACUUAUUUAAAAUGUCAUAUUUGAGUAUUUAAACAAAAAAAUAAAUCUAAAAACCUGUUUUUGCUUUGUCAUUAUGGGGCAUUGUGUGUCGAUUUGAUGAGGGGGAAAAGACUGGCCAAUCAGGAAAGCGCCUCAUCUACCACCAUUACCAAACCUUGAACCAGCUGCUAAACAAGGUAGCGAAUCAGGAGAAAAGGAUAAUAAAAUGUAUUCAGACCUGGAAAUAGGAGUUUCCUUUCACAUGAUACAGAGGGAGAACUAAUGUACAGGAUUUCCCAUUUGCACGUAAGUUGUUGAAUAGUUUAAUAAACUGUUGUAGUGAAUGUUGAUUUUUUUUAGCAACCCAUUAUCGACUGACAGGUUCAGGUUGUCUCACUACACUGAACAAAAAUAUGAAACGCAACAUGUAAAGUGUUGGUCCCAUGUUUCAUGAGCUGAAAUAAAAAAUCCCAGAAAUGUU